AUGUCAAAUAUAACAUACAAUGAACUCUGGAAAAAUGCACAAAUUGCUUUGGAAGAACUUCUUCAAGUGGAUACAAAUUUGCAAAAUGCUAAACCACAAAAAGAUCGUAAGAAAAUUUAUAAUGCGAUUUCAGAAUUAUAUGUAAGAUAUAUUAUUAUCUAUAAUAAAUUAGAACUGUGUUACGAUCAAAUAAUUCAACCACAAAAACGAUUAUUAAUAAAAAAAGUAUUAGUUUCAUGUCUCGGAAGAAUUUUAGAAUUAAAACAUGAAUUAGUCGAGAUAGAUAUUUCAGAGUAUAAUUAUUUUGAUGAUAUUCUAAUAAAAUUAAAUGUUACUCCACAAGAAAUUGAAAUUCAAAUACCCAGAUAUUUUAAACGCGAACGUUUACAAGAAAUUAAGGAAAAACGAAAUUAUAUAGAAAAUACUUUGAAAAAUAUGGGUAUUUUGGAUAAAACAAUUAUACCAAAAAAGAUGACUGAAUUGGAAGCAAUAAGGCUUAUACAGGCUCAUGAACGUGCUAGGCAAGAUCGAUUAAAAUUUCAAUUUAUGAAAGAAAUUUAUCAAAUAAAAGAUAAAUCUGCAAUUAAAGCAGAAACAGAGAUAAAAAAUGAGUCGGACAAAACAAUAGCUGCAAUAAAAAUUCAAAAAAUUUGGAAAGGAUAUCUAACUAGAUUCAAAAUUCGAAAAAGAUGUCUCGAGGAAAUGUUAUUAAUUGGUAUGGUUCAACCGAGUCAAGAAAUUACUGAAAACGCCAAACAAGUUGAAAAGAUCAAAGAAGAAAGAUAUGAGAAACAAAUAAAAUAUCAAGAAUUAUAUGAAAAUUUAAUGGUUACAACUAAAGAAAGGAUACAUAAAGAAAAAAGCGCUAUAAUAGAGGAAAAUAUAAGAACUGAAGUUCGAAAUUGGAUAAAAACUUAUUUCCAACAAACAGGAAAAAUUCCUGAUUUGCCACCUGCAGAAAGUGGUGGAUCCAGAAUCAUAUUUAGCAGACAAGAAACUGAAAGUACCAUAAGUAAAUCAACAGCAGUAUCAUCAAAAGAAUCUAAAAAAUCUAAAAAAUUAAAAUCAAAAAAAGAUAAUAAUGUUGAACAAUCAGAAGAUGAAACUGAACAAGGUUUCAAAUCAAUCCCUUCUAAUUUUCUAUCAGAAUUAGUAUAUGCUAAUCAAGAAUAUCAAGAAAUAUGGAAAAAUAAAGAUGAAACUAUGAAUGCAGCACAGUUGCCAUAUUUAGAUAUAAUAGAGAAUGAAACAAUUAAUAAAGUAGAAAAUGAAGUUCGUAUUACAGUUGAUCAAGCACUCAGAGGAGAUAUUGAAGCAUUACAAAAUGCAUUAGAUAGAGAUAAAGGUUUUAAAGGCAAACGCCCUAAAAGAAGUCAAAAAAGAAUUCGCCGUAGUACAAAAAAAAAUAAAAAGAGAAAAGAAAAGGAUUUGACACCUGAUAGAACAACAGAAUCUUUAUUUGAAGAAUUAUUAACUCAAGGAAUUAUUAAACUUCAUAAAGAAAUUCCACUUAAUGAUUUUAAAGGCGAAAAAUCUUUCUUAAACUAUAAUUUAAAAGAGAAGAAGAUAGAAUCUUUGCCAACAUUUGGAGAUAUAAAACAGUUGAUAGCUGAAUAUUGUAUACUUCCUUUGGGAGACAAUACUCUUAGAGAACUUACACCAUUAAUAAGAUCAGUAUUAAUAGCAGGUCCACAUGGUAGUGGUAAAAAAAUGCUAGUAAAUGCAAUUUGCACAGAACUUGGAGCUACAUUAUUUGACAUUACACCAGCUAACAUUGCUGGAAAAUAUCCUGGUAAAUCAGGAUUAAUUAUGCUUAUGCAUUUGAUAUCAAAGGUAUCUCGUUUGCUUCAACCAUCAGUGAUAUUUAUGGAAGGAGCAGAAAAACCAUUUGUAAAAAAAAUUCUAAAAACAGAUAAAACUGAUCCAAAACGUUUAAAAAGAGAUCUUCCCAAAUUAGUAAAAAGUAUUACAAAUGAAGAUAAAGUGAUUCUUAUUGGAACUUCAAGUUCACCAUGGAAUGGAGAUCAAAAACUUUUAUAUCAAACUUAUGAUAAAAUUAUAUAUAUUCCUAGGCCAGAUUAUGGAACUAUGUCUCUCAUAUGGAAAGAUUUAUUAUAUAAACAUUCUGGAAUUAAUAGACAAUUUGAUACAACUAUUAUGACUAAAAUUUGUGAUGGUUUUACGAUUGGCUCUGUAUUAGCGUCAAUUAAUGAGGUAUUGGCGAAAAAAUUAUUAUUAUAAUAAUGUAAAUAGGUAAUGACUACAAAACGAAUAAUGCAAUUAAAAACUCAUCCGUUGACACAUGGAGAAUUAAUAAAUGCGUUGAGCUCAAAAGAUCCAGUUUUUUGCGAGGAAGAAUCCGCGUUUUUAGCAUGGCUUUCAAAAACACCCAUAAAUCGUAAAAAACAACGAGCACUUGAAUUGGAACUUCAAAACUUAAAAGAAGAAAAUGAAAAAAAGAAAAGAAAAGGAAAAAAAUCUUCGUAA